AAAGGUCAGCUUGCCGGAAGAAAGGAGUCAGGCUCGGCUGCCCGGGCUCGGAGUGCUGUGUCUUCUCUGGUUUGGCCUCCCCGGCAGAUUAUUAAACACACUGCCAACUCGACCAUGGUGGGAGGCAUUGGCAAAGGGAUGAGAGGCAUGUUUAGGAUGUUACUGUUGAGAUCCCGGCCAUGCUCACUGUGUUCUUAUAAAAAGACUGAAGCAUUCAAGUAUGAACCUUUCUUAAAGUGCUUCACCUCUACACCUGACAAACAACAGCCCAAAGAGGAGAAUAACAUGACUGUGGGAAGCCUCUGCAGGUUAUCAGUGGACAUCAGGAAAAUCCGAAGAGCAAAGGGAUGGGGGCUUUUCAAGGAGGAAACUUAUGUUGAAGAAAUUGCCACUGUUUUGCAAAAACUAGGCACUCAUGAAACUGCCAUCGCUCACAUCUUAGAACGCUGUCCAGAAGCUAUCCUUUGUAGUCCAACGGCAGUUAAUGCCCAGAUAGACCUGUGGCAGUCUGUCUGCCGAAAUAAAAACGAGUUAGUGACAUUAAUAGAACAGUUUCCAGAAUCUUUCUUUAUUGUUAAAAACCAGGAGAAUCAAAAGCUUAAUAUCAAAUUUUUCCAAGAACUGGGACUCAAGAAUGUAGUCAUUAGUAGGUUCUUGACAACUGCACCCAAUAUUUUUUGUAAUUCUAUGGAGAAGAAUAAACAAACUGUCAAGAUGUUACAGGAAAGUUACUUGAAUUUAGGGGGCUCCCAAGCCAACAUGAAAGUCUGGCUACUGAAACUGUUGAGUCAAGACCCAUUUAUUUUGUUAAAUUCUUCCACUCCUAUAAAAGAAACACUGGAAUUUCUUCAGAAACAAGACUUCACAGACUUGGAAGUUCUCCAACUUUUGUCCAAACUCAAAGGAUUUCUUUUUCAGCUCUCCCCUACUAGCGUACAAGAAAGCAUCACUUUUGCUAAGAACACUUUUAAAUGCACCGAUCAGGACCUGAAGGAAUUGAUUUUAAAAUGCCCUGCCCUUUUGUACUAUACUGUCCCAGUUUUAGAAGAGAGAAUUCAGGGUCUUUUGAAAGAAGGAGUUUCUUUAUCUCAAAUAAGAGAGACACCAAUGGUACUUGAGUUAACACCACAAAUUGUACAGUAUAGAAUUAGAAAACUAAAUGCUUUGGGAUAUAACAUAAGGAAUGGAAAUCUAGAAAACUUAAAUGGAACCAAAAAAGAGUUUGAGUCCAACUUUGGUAAAAUACAAGCGAAGAAAGAGAGACCAUUAUUUAAUCCUGUAGCGCCUCUAAAUGUUGAAGAUUAACAUAAGGUAAUUAGGGUUCCUCUGAACUGUAUAGAAGAGUAAAUAUGUGUAAUGCCUGGGAACUGUGGAUCCUCCCAACACACAUUUUGUGGUCUUGGUCGAGCAUGAGAGUCGUGGGCUGUUAAUACAUUAACGAGGUUCUCCACCGCAUCAUCUGCCAUAUUAUGGACUUAAUGAUACAUCAUGCUUUUGUGAUAAUUGUGUAUCAUCGUGAAUACAUUUUGAGCUGUGUUUACAUAAAAGUUUCUAUACUAUUCACCCAAGUGGCAUGUUAGUUUUUUAUUGUUUACUUUGGAUAGCAAUUAAUCUAAGUUAUAAGAGAAUCCUUUGAGAGAAACUUGACAAUGACCUCCCAUUGAUUUCAAGUUUAACUAUAUCUGUAUUUAUGUGGUUUGGUGCUAUUAAAAUCAGUGAAGAAAUUAAUGUUGGUAAUCUGAUAUGAUGAUUCAAAAUUGCAUGUAAUUUGAAGCUACUCAGCCAACUCGAUGCCCUGUUUUCUUU